CUAAACCGGUUUUGCUGGCCCACAAUCCAGGCGUCCAACGGUCCAAAGUUGCUCCCCAUAAACGGAGCUUGAAAGGGCAGAUCGCUUUCGCACAACGCUCUUUAGAAAUCGCUCUUUGCCCAAGAGAGAGAAAGAGAGAGAAAGAGAGAGAAGGCGGAAGAAGAUAUCUACGGCAGUCUAAAUCCUUCUUCUUCUUUAAAGAAAUCCAGUCUCUUUGCAAAUCCAGUGGUCUUUUGGAAGCUCUCACCAUUCAGAUUAUUAUGGCUACGAAUGAAAAUCUUCCACCAAAUGUGAUUAAGAAACUUGCCAAAGAAUUGAAGAAUUUGAAUGAAACCCCUCCAGAGGGAAUUAGAGUGAAUGUCAAUGAUGAUGACUUUGCAGUUAUAUAUGCUGACAUUGAAGGCCCAGGUGGAACUCCAUAUGAGAAUGGUGUAUUCCGUAUGAAGUUGAUAUUAUCUCAUGACUAUCCUCAUACUCCUCCAAAAGGUUACUUUUUAACUAAGAUUUUCCAUCCAAAUAUUGCAACAAAUGGAGAGAUUUGUGUGAACACUUUGAAGAAGGAUUGGAACUCUACUCUUGACUUGCGGCAUGUCCUCAUUGUAGUCAGGUGUCUGCUGAUAGAACCAUUUCCAGAAUCGGCAUUGAAUGAACAGGCUGGCAAGCUGCUGCUUGAAAAUUAUGAGGAAUACGCCAGGCAUGCAAGGAUCUACACUGGAAUUCAUGCGCAUAAGCCAAAGCCAAAAGUUAAGACAGGAGCUAUAUCAGAAUCGACCACUGCCCUCAAUGUCGAUCAAUUGAAUGCCUCCACCACCCUCAAAGCCGAUCAGAAGUUACCAGAAUCGACGACAACUCUACCAUUGAGAGAAUCUGCCACAGCCUCUUCCAAGGUGGCAUUAUUAAACUCAAAUAUCGAUGAGACAGGAGUGAGUGGGUCAACUGCAGCACAGAAGAAGGAUAAUAAUGGUUUGGGAGGAGGAAGAGCUCAUGCAGAUAAAAAGAAAAUUGAUGCAAGAAAGAAGAGUUUAAAGAGAUUAUGAUGAGAAGAGACUUGAAAUAAGUGUUGGAUUGAUUUGGUUUGGUUGGUUGGUGGGGGUAAGUUGAAUAAUUUAUCUUGUGCUUUAUUAGAACUCUCAAGUGUAUUAUGUACUAUGCAAACAAAACUAUUAUAUGAAUGUUGUUCCUUAAAUGGAAUUAACUUGCACAGUCUUGAGAGUAAAAUCUUGAGCAAUUUGAAGAAGCACUUAUUUGAGGAUA